AUGAGUUUAAUCAUAAUUGAAACAAAUCUAAGGAGAGGAAUUGAAAGUCAAGAUAAAAGCAAUGAUGAGGAAGAUUCUAAUACGGACAAAGGCGGCUUAGUUUAUGAUGAACAUUAUGAGGAAGGUGAAGAAUUAAAUGUCGUGCAAGAUUGGGAUUAA